AUGUCCGGAUUAUCUUCUAAUAUUAUUUUAGAUGAGUGGUUUAAUAAGAUUGUGCCUAAACCUAUUAAUAAUCAUCCUGGAUACGAUAUGAAAUAUGUUAGCGCAUAUAUUGUAAAUUACUGUUAUGGUACUGACCUCAAAAAAAUAAUCGGAAUAGAGUGGGAGUAUGAUACAUUAUCAGUUGUGAAACCAGGUCAGUCUCUAGUUGCAUGGGCUGUAAAUGUCAGAAUUCGAUUACAAAAAUUAUUAGCCAAUCAGAGAUUUAGUGUAUAUUACCGACAUUGCUUAUUUGCAGGAUUUGGGAAUGGCAAGAUGGUUAAUUCUGACUAUCAUCAGCCCAGAAUCAAUAAGAGUAAUAUGGCUAUUUGGUUUGAUUGCUGGAAAUUGGUAAAGAUUACUGAUAUAAAACCAAAAAAAACAUAUUUCAGUGGAUGGCGCAGAUAUGGAUAUGAGAUUAAAUCUGAGGACUUGAUGAAAUACCAUUGGAAUAAUGAAUGCUCCAAAGCUAAAACCCCAGAUGGAAGUGCUCGGCUUAUUCAAAAAGCUUAUAGAAAUUAUAGGAAGAGGCCUGUUUUACUAGCAAAACAAGUUUGGGAGGCAGUUAGAAAUGAUAACACUCCUAGAGAAAAGAAGUUUCUUAGUAUGCCUAGUAGAGAUACUCGUUGCACUGUAAACUUGGAUAUAUGGUAUUCUAUUGAUGGAUUAUAUAGACCUUUUAAUAUUCCACUAGAUCAAUUUUAUGAUUAUAUAAGUUAUUCAAAGCAUAAGAGGUGCCAAUUAUCUGAUAGAUUGGCCAUAGCAAGAAAUAAAAUACAAUGCAACUAUAUCAUGUCUAGUGCUCCAAAUUUUGAGCCAGCUUAUAUUUCACCUGCUAAGCAAGAAAUGAUUUCACUAACUUCUUAUCAGUUAUCGAAUUGCAAAAGUGAUACAGGCGGAAUAUUUAUCUCGUCUCAGUAUGCAAAACAGCCAAAAGGCACUAUGUUGAGAUUAAGGGAUGGGAGAGUAAUCACGGUUGUCUAA